GACGCUCACGACACAUCUGGAGACACACGAUUCACUUUGAGAUACCUUUCUACCACGGAACACCUCGCAUUUCAACUUUUUGCACACUCUGAAAGCCUGGAAGAAUACAUCACAGAGUGCUCUGUGGGUUCAGCAGGCUCUGAUACAGACACUGUUGAGCAACUUUGCGGAGAAUAUGGUGGCCAGCACACUGGAGCUCCAAAUGGACAUUAAUCCUGCCACCGCGGACGCCCUCAACGAGAAGGGAAAAAAGUUUGCGCGCAGAAAAAUGUUUAUUGUGAAGGAGCUGAUUCAAACAGAAAAGGCCUACGUGCGAGACCUACGAGAAUGCAUUGACAUUUACAUGGGGGAGAUGUUUACCAAGGAGGAAGCGAUCCCUCCUGGAAUCGCCAACGUGGAGCACAUCAUCUUUGGGAACAUUUUGGAGCUGUAUGAAUUCCAUCAGAGCAUCUUUCUCAAAGAGCUAGAAAAACAUGAACACGUCCCUGAAGAUGUUGGAAAGUGCUUUGUCACAUGGGCUGAUAAAUUCCAAUUAUAUGUCGAGUACUGCAAGAACAAUGUAGAAUCCACUCGGCUCAUCAUGGAGCAUGCUGUAAACUAUUUUCAUAAAAUUCAGCAAAAGCACGGACUAGCAAACUCAGUCAACUCUUACCUGCUAAAGCCCGUGCAGAGAAUAACAAAAUAUCCACUCCUGCUAAAGGAUCUGCUGGAAUGCUGUGAGGAAGGGAAAGCCGAGCUCAAGAAAGCCCUGGAUGUGACUCUUAGCAUUCCCAAAAGAGCCAACGAUGCCAUGCAUCUCUCCGUGCUGGAAGGUUUUCAUGACACCAUUGAGUCCCAAGGCGAGUUGCUCCUACAGGAAUCCUUUAAGGUGUGGGAUUCAAAGAUUCCGUUAAGGAUUGGGAAAAUUAGACAACUCUUCCUCUUGAAGAAGUCCUUGGUGCUGUGCAAGGUAGUCAAGGACGGCAAGGGGAAGAGCAGGUACUUAUAUGAGAGAAAACUCAAUGUAAGUCAUCUUUAACACACUUUCUACCGAUACAAUCUUGUUUUCCUUUUGGCUUUUCCCUUCAGGGGUCGCCACAGCAAAUAAGUUGACUCCAUCUAAACCUGUCCUCUGCAACUUCUGUUCUCACACCAACUACUUUCAUGUCCUCUUUGACUACAUUCAUAAACCUCCCCUUUGGUCGUCGUCUAGACCUCCUGCCUGGCAUAUGUAUAUCCAGCAUCCUUUUGCCAAUAUACUUCCUAUCACCUGCCCAAAGCAACUGAGUCUGGUCUCCCUGACUUUCUCUCCAAAUGCUCUAACAUAUACUCUACCUCUGUCUGAUAUUCUCAUUAAAGACAAUCAUUCCAUUUCUUCCUUAGAUAGCCGAGAUAAAGCUGACAGAGCACCUGAAGGGAGACCCAUGCAAGUUUGCUUUUUCGUUGGGCCGAACCUGGACAUCCAGCAAGAUUGUUCUGAAGGCUUCCACUCGUGAGACCAAGAUGGAAUGGAUUGAACGUAUCCGGAACCUGAUCCAGGAGCAAACUUUCCAGGAUCCCAGGAAGGAGCCCAGGCUUAUUCCCAAGACGAGCGCAGACAAGCUCCACAAGAGUCGAAGAAAAGGAAAACAUCAUGAAGAUGAAAGUAAAGGCAGUGAAAUAGAGUGGCCACUUGGACCGAUUGAGGCCUGUUACAUUGGAGGACCCUGGUUAAUACCUGGAUCAAGGAAAAGUAUGACAUACGAACAGUGUGACAUACAAAUAGGAACUUACAGGAGCUCGCACACAUUGACAAGCUCCUCGUAAAAACAAACCAAAGAUAACAGCUUUGGACCAUUUCAAAAAAUCAAGUUUUAAUAUAUGUAUAUACUGU